GUUUUUAACUGCUCUUGCACUGCUUCCGGUUUCCUGUGAUGACCCAUGGUCAAGCUUCAAGUACCCACAAUCCUGAUCCACAACUCUAGACCUAACCUCGACAAAAAUCCAAAAGGAAAAGCGAAGGGUGAACCAAGCCAACUUCCUUUCCCACCACUUGUGCUUCUGUGCUGCCCAUUCCGUAGCAGUAGUUGCUUCCGUUGAUUGCUUCCGAUCUCAUUUCGUUGCCUUGUGGUGUCAGUGAACCAACCAUUGAUUGGCAUUCCACCAAAGCUAUCCUACUUGUUUGCCAGUUUGCCAGUUUGCCCUGUUCCAGGAGUUGAGCUCAUAAACACAAGGCAACCGCCAAACACCAAAGAAACAACGCUCGUAUAGUAUUGUAUUGUAUUGCAUUGCACUGAUAGACGAUAGACAAUGGUGGCCCCUACUAGCGACGAAGUGAAGGUCACUGCCGGCACGAUGGAACGGAAGGACGACGAGUGUGACAAUCAUCAUCAUCAUCGUGAUCAAAAGCAAAUCCAACAAUGUCUGAGUUCUUGUACGUGUUCCUGUACGGCCUAUGGCAAAGUGUGUCCUGCCAGUGCCAUGUUGGCCAGCAAGGCCGCCGUGGACGCCGUGCUCAAGCUGCAAGAGAAUUCCGUGCUCUUUGACAACAAGAACAAGAAAGACUGCAUGAACCUCCGCAAGUUGGAUUGUGACGAUUUGGACGUGGAAGAAACUCUGGGAGAAGGAGGAUUCUGUACCGUCAAGGCGUGUACUCUCAAACAGCACUUACUAUGCGGUGAAGAAGGUGAUCCCCAACCACUGGCCAUGAAAUUCUUGAAGCGAUCCAUCAUGGCCAAUCGAAAACAGUUUGCACACGGCGCUGCCGAUUUGGCACAAGAAGCCUACUUUCUACAUGCACUACGAGGUCAUCCCAACAUUCUCAAUCUGUAUGCCGUCACGGCAGGAGACUUGGCAUCCAAUGUCAGCAUGUCCAACAACAAUAACAACAAGUACGGACUGUUCAUUACAGUGGAUCGCCUCUAUUCCACGUUGGAGCAAACGCUGGAACAAUGGCGGCAGGAGCAACAAGAACAAAAGGAACCACUCUUUGCCUUUAUCACCAACAGUAUGAGCAGUGAACACAAACAGCACAAACGAAAUCAGUUCACGCAGAGAAUACAAAUUGCCAUUCAAAUUGCGACUGCCAUGCAGUAUUUGCAUCAACAUCGGGUCGUCUUUAGAGAUCUAAAGCCGGACAAUAUUGGCUUUGAUAAGGACGGGACACUCAAGAUUUUCGAUUUUGGAUUGGCCAAGGAACUCAAACCCAACGAAUCACAUGCCGAUGGACGAUACCAGCUCACGGGAAACACUGGCAGUCGACGAUACAUGGCACCCGAAGUUGCCAAGGAAUUGCCAUACAAUCAAACUGUCGAUGUUUACUCUUUUGGAAUUCUGCUUCAUGAGUUGCUGUCGGGAGAGAAACCAUUUUAUGGGUAUAGCAGUGCCAAACACAUGGCAAACGUCGUCAUGGGAGGAGAACGACCACAUGUUGACAAACAUUGGCCCAUGAAUCUACAGUGCCUCAUGAAACGAUGCUGGAGUCCUUUCCCCAAUGCACGACCUGACUUUUCCACCAUUCUACAAACACUCCAAGAAGUACUACUAGCACAACAACAACAACAACCACAACACCACAAUCAUCCUCACAAGGAACCACAAGAUUGCAGUACUACGAGUCCCGAACCGACCACAACCACGAGUAGUCCAACCACAAAAACCAGGUCAACAUCCCUGAUGGUACCGUCCGGUGGUUUGGCGGCCUUGUUACGACCCAAACGAGCCACCCGACUCAGGUCGCAUGGCAGCCACGAUGACAGCAGUCCACCGCCGUCUAUCCCACGACCCUAUCUCGGAAAGAGAGGCAUGUCUUUGGGAGGGCUCUUUUCGUCGUCUUCUUUUCGAAAAUGACUACGCUGCCGAGGGCACGCCAAACCACUACUUCUUUUAUUAUGCGUGUUGCUACUACUUUUGCUCGGUGGAUGGAAAGUCGCCUGCUUUUUUACACGACAAUGAUCUGUUCCACACGGCGUCCCUCAAUUGGCGCAACCGAUACGAGCCGUGCCCUGUAGAAUUUGCAUAUCUUGCAUGAAACGAUUCGAUUCAUUUCCUUUGUCCCUGCUUCUCUUGUUGUUACCAAUACUGAAGCGUGGUUAGUUAGUUCUCUGUCGGCAUACGUGACGGAAGUGACGGUGUAGACUACGUACCUUACCAAUAAUUAAUUCAGGAAUGAACCAGCUC